UGCGCUGUUCCAGCCAAAUCGCUUUGGUUGUUUUAGCGGCUGCAUGAGCGUUUUGUUAGCCCUGGAAUUGUCUUUUUAAAAUUUCUAUAUGCGUAGUAUGACCAGUCCGGAAGGGUGGCUGCAACAGUUCGUUUAUUCGGUAGUAUUUGUCAAUGAGAAAACGCAUUCUGCAUUCGGUUGGUGGUAGUAGUAGGAAAGUAAGGUAAGCGAAAACGAUAUCUAGAUUGCUCCUUCCUGUCCGUGGGAAGAUACUGUAAUCUACUUUUCAGUUAUCAUUAAAUACCCUAACCGGUAUACGACAACCACCAUACGACUGUUCGCAAAUAAAUGUUUGGAAGACGUGUAGCUCUGGGUUACAGUUCCGUUAGUCACUGACCGAUUUGGUGAGCGGCCCAGAUAUCUUCUCAGCAACUUAGUGAAUUCGUAAAACCAUUAGCGUCAUCAUGAGCGGAGGUUAUCCUCACUACGGGUUUCAUCCCGAUUACAUGAGUAAUCCGUCGGACUUAUCGUACGAUCCAACCGAACCAGCACCGGUAGCUGAUUUCUUUCGUAGAAAAUCCAGCUCGUCAAGCAACUCUUCCCAUAGCACACCCUUUCCAGCGAUAGUUAAAUCGCACGUUGAUGUGACGAAGCCUAACGACAUCGCCGGAUGCUGGCAAUACUGCAAUACUAAUGGACCAUUCCCGACGAAUAUGGUCCGGGCCGGUAUUGAUACCGACGGCGAGGUGAUCUACGUUGGUCGCGCAUUCCACGAGGGUGAUAUGAUUCCGGCCAAAGUCAUCCCUACCAAAAAUCUGGCCUUCGUAUGCCACGGUGGGGAGGAAGUGCCGAAAGAAGACUUCGAAGUCCUUCGGUAUGGCGCAUUCGUGUGGGAGUUCAGUUCGAAGGGAGCGGUACCGGAGACGGCAAUUAAAAUCGGUCAAACGGCCGAAGGAGAACCGCUCUACAUGGGACGCGCCAUCUAUCAAGGUUCGCAGACCCCCGGAAAGGUGCAUUCCUCGCACGGUUGCUGCUACAUUCCGUUCGACGGAGCAGAGGUUAGCGUAGAGGAUUAUGAGGUCCUGUGCGUCAGAUAAGUUACGCAGAACUGGCAAGAUGGAAAGAAGCGAUGCAAAUCAAUAAAGUUAUUGUAGCGAAACCGUAGUCCCGAACUAGUAAACCGUAUAAACUAUGAUUUAUAGUAAUGUUUUCAUGCGAUAGUAACAUUUUUGUGCAUAUA